CCCGUGGAAAGCAAUUAAAAAAGAUAGCAAACACGAAAACGCUUUUUGACAGCGUCACUUCCGAGGUACUCUGAAAACAUAAAGUCCUUGCUUUAGAAGUUUUUAAAAGAGGCAAGCAACCGCCUUGUCAAAUGCUUCCAAAAUUGAGUAACAGACGUUUGAAAAGAGUGUUUGUUGUGUUUAUCAGUUUUGCGGUUUGCACGAUUUUAUUUAGCCAUGUUCUUUUGGAUGUGAACCAAACAAUCAAAUUUAGAAGUAAGACGAUUAUUUUCUAAAUGAAGAAGAAAAUUACAACCAUAAAAUAACUUUGGGAAAUUGAAAUUUUAAUGCUGCCUAAUAAUUUUAGUCAUGAACAUAUUUGAAGAGAAACUGCGAUUGGACCAAUUCAAUAUUACACCACAGUUAAUUAUAGAAGGGGUCAAGCGCACCAAUCCAAAUCUGCCCAUGACCUUCCACUGGCAAAAAGACGUUCCUCAGUUUAACAAUUCUUGCGCCCGUUACGUCAAGCCAUUGGACAUCAGAUUCAAUAAUAUUCACUGGCAAGUUCAAGCCUCGGAGAAUGAGACUUAUUAUCUGUACGGCGCCUAUUACGACAACCGCACCUGGCCCAAUAAGUUUGCGCCGAUGGUUCGAGUGCUGACCAUAAUCGACAAAGUUGGCCUCAACAUUUCCAGACAGGUUUACUGCCAGCUUUGGUUCGCCAACAUCACCAGACCCAUUAUUGUCAGGGUUUUCCACUUUCAAUACCUGCUGAAGGCCGAGUGGGGCUACCUGCACAUUCCACUGCGGCCCUACCUCCUCAGCUGCAUGGUGCCCACUAAAUUUGGGACGGUGCCGGACUCGGUGUCGAUAGUGCAAGAGCCGUGCGAAAAUGCAACGAACAACCUACGAGUCAUCGACAACCAGCUUGAACUUCAAUAA